AUGUCCGAAUCCGAAGAUGACCUUUUUGAUUCGGCGCCGAUAAGGGAAGAUCAACGUACUAGCCAAAUCAGCAGUUUCAAAAUUUCCGUCAACUCGUCAGAGAGAAGGGUUGAAGAAAAGUCGGGAAGUAAGCGAGAUGAAGUUUUUACGACUUAUAUGGUCGAAUCCGUUAGCAAUAAAACGUAUCGGGUUUGGCGUCGCUACACCAACUUUCUCCAGUUACGACAAUAUCUCGAAGUGGAGCACCCAAGUUGCAUUAUUCCCCCAAUGCCGGCUAAGCGAACCGGCGAUAUUUGGAACCAGCUCACCCAAGGGAGGCUUUUUACAAUAGAACGUUCAAUUAAAAAUUACACGUGA